UCGUCGCGUGUCAUGCGUACCCACUGCGUCUUCUUGUUUUCGUCGUCGUAGACGAACACGAUGUCGGCGUGCCCUUGCCAGAGCACGUGCGCUGCAACAGAUGAAGACGAAGACGAGUGGGUAGAGAUGGAGGAUGACGACAAGGAUGACGACGGCGACGAUGAUGAGGAGAGAGUGUAUCAGCGAUGCUCGGGCCAUACAAUUGCUUCGUGCUAAGCCUCCGCCUACUCACCGAGCACGAAGAUACGGAAGGCACGACGGAUGUCUCCCAUCGCGUCCUCCCAGAGCUUGUGCUCAUCCUCCUCCUCGCUGCCACCGGCCUGGAAGCCCUUUAUGGCGCUCCCGGCCACCACUCGCACCACCACCUCGUCCUUCUUCGGGCCCUGUUGGGGGGGGGAUUGUCGCCCACGUCUUCUUUGCAAUGCGCUUCGCCCGCCUGCGAUGGUCGGGCUUGCGCACACUGAGGUCCCAGUGCGUGCUCUCGCGAGCAAGGAAGACGAAGAGAGCUGGCUUGUCUGGCGUGAUCUUAGGUGGGGCCGAACGAGGCACGUUGACCUUGAUGGGUGCUGCCGAGCCCCUACGGGCGAUGCACAGGAUGUUGAAGCUGGCUCGCAGGUCGUCCACUCGGUCCUCUCGCAAGCUAGGAAGACGAAGAGGGCGGGCUCCUCCUUGCUGAUCGAGGGGCAGAAGAGCGAGGUGUAAUGUCAAGCACGUCGAUCCAAAGUGAUAGAUCAAAAGGCUCUAGCUCAAGAAG